UCAGGAGGGGGGUUUUACAGCCUCCAGAAUUCCCCAGUUCUCAGGGAAGAAGGGUCAGGAGGAGAGGGAAUAUUGGAAGCGAUUCCCGCCUGGAAAGGGCUGUCAGGCACUGGAAUGAACUUCCCAGGGCAGGGCUGGAUUCCCAAUCCCUGCAGGGAUUCCCAAUCCCUGUGGAUGUGGCACUUGUGGAUCCUGCAAUCCUGGGGGAGGAAAGUUCGGGAUCUUUGCUCCAAGGCAUGGAGGGCACGGAGCUUUUCCAGGAAAAGGGAUGGGAUCAGGGAAGGGGCUGGAGCAGCGGGAAUGAGGAGGGAGCUGGGAAAGCUCAUCCCAGGGAAAAAGAGGGAUCAGGAGGGGGAUUUUCCCGCUCCAGAAUUCCCCAGUUCCCAGGGAAGAAGGGAUAAGGAGGAGAGGGAAUAUUGGGAGCGAUUCCCGCCUGGAAAGGGCUGUCAGGAACUGGGAAUGGUGGGAUCCCAGCCCUGCAGGGAUUCCCGAUCCCUGUGGAUCCUGGGAGUGGUUGGGAUCCUCACUCCAAGGCAUGGAGGGGCUGGAAUGUUUCCAGGGAAGGGGCUGGAGCAGCAGGAAUGGCUGAGGGAAGAUGGGAAGGGGCUCAUCCCAGGGAAAAAGAGGGAUCAGGAGGGAGCUUUUCCAGCCUCCCCAAUUCCCAGGGAAGAAGGGGCAGGAGGAGAGGGAAUAUUGGGAACGAUUCCCACCUGGAAAGGGCUGUCAGGCACUGGGAAUGGUGGAAUUCCUCAUCCCUGCAGGGAUUCCCAGUUGAGGAUCCUGCAAUCCUGGGGGAGGAAAGUUCGGGAUCUUUGCUCCAAGGCAUGGAGGGCACGGAGCUUUUCCAGGGAAGGGGUUGGAGCAGCGGGAAUGGCGGAGGGAGAUGGAAAGGGGCUCAUCCCGGGGAAAAGAGGGAUUAGGAGGGAGAUUUUCCAGCUGCAGAAUUCCCCAGUUCCCAGGGAAGAAGGGAUAAGGAGGAGAGGGAAUAUUGGGAGCAAUUCCCGCCUGGAAAGGGCUGUCAGGCACUGGGAGUGCUGGGAUUCCUCAUCCCUGCAGGGAUUCCCAAUCCCUGUGGAUGUGGCACUUGUGGAUCCUGCAAUCCUGGGGGGGAAAGUUUGGGAUCUUUGCUCCAAGACAUGGAGGGCACGGAGCUUUUCCAGGGAAGGGGCUGGAGCAGCGGGAAUGGCUGAGGGAGCUGGGAAGGGGCUCAUCCCAGGGAAAAAGAGGGAUCAGGAGGGAGAUUUUCCAGCUCCAGAAUUCCCCAAUUCCCAGGGAAGAAGGGCCAGGAGGAGAGGGAAUAUUGGGAAGAAUUCCCACAUGGAAAGGGUUUCCAGGCCUUCUUUGGAAGUGGUGGAGUCAGAUGGGAUAUUGGGAAUGAUUCCCACAUGGAAGGGGUUUCCAGGCCUUGGAAAUGCUGGGUGGGAUAUUGGGAAGAUUCCAGGCCCUGGAAGUGGUGGAUUCAGCUGGGAUAUUGGGAAUGAUUCCCACAUGGAAGGGGUUUCCAGGCCCUGGAAUUGGUGGAUUCAGCUGGGAUAUUGGGAAUGAUUCCCACCUGGAAAGGGUUUCCAGGCCCUUGGAAUUGGUGGAGUCGCCAUUCCCGAGGGGAUUCCCAAUCCCUGUGGAUUUGGCCCUUGGGCUGGGGGCGCUUCCUGGAGAUCCUGGAGAUCCCUGGAUCUGGGAAUGGGGCCCGGGACGGGAGUUCAGGUUUUGGGAAUGUCCCUCUGGAGCCAUUCCCGGAGUUCCUGCGGAGCACCAACCCCCCAGGGUUUGUCAUUCCCGAGGGAUUCCCAUCCCUGAGGAUCAACCCUUCCUUUUUCCAAGUGGGGCUGGGAAUUCUUUCCUCAAAAAGGGGGAAUAAGGUGGGAAAAGAAUCCCAAUUUUUCCCUCCAUCUCCAGGGAUGGCUCCGGAAAAACCGGAGACUGGAAUUAGGGAGGAGCUGAUUCCAGCUGGGAAUUCUGGAAUUCCAGACUGGGAAUCCCCACAACUGGCGAUUUUUGGGAAUCCAGGGGCUCAGGAAGCGCUUUGAGGGUAUUUUUUCCCUCCUAUCCCAAAGUUUUCCCGUGGGAAAAACGGCUUUGGAGCCCUUGGGAAUGAGGGAAAGCCGGGAACAACAUUCCCAGGGGGAAGGCAGGGAAUGCUGGUGCUGCUUGUGCAUCCCAGGGAUUCUUGGGAUGGCAAAAUCCUGGAAUAUUUGAGUGGGAAUGGCCUUAAAGCUCAUCCCAUUCCAACUUCCCACCAUCCUGGAUUUCUCCCAUGUGGAAUCCAACCCCUUGGAUGCUCCCAGGGGUUGGAAUAUCCUGGAUUUUUCUCUCUCCUGGGUAAUUUUGGGAUCCCAAAUCAGGAUCCAGGGGCUCAGGAAUUUUUGGGAAUAUUUGGGGGAAGUGGCUUAAAACUCAUCCCAUUCCAUUCCCGAUGCUCUCCCAGCAUCCCAGAUUUCUCCUGCAGGGAAUCCACCCCUUGGAUGCUCCCAGGGGUUGGAAUAUUCCAGAUUUCUCUCUCUCUCCUGGGUAAUUUUGGGAUCCCAAAUGGGGAUCCAGGGCUCAGGAAUUUUUGGGAAUAUUUGGGCAGGAAUGGCCUUAAAGUUCAUCCCAUUCCCACCUUCCACCAUCCCAGAUUUCUCCCACGGGGAAUCCACCCCUUGGAUGCUCCCAGGGGUUGGAAUAUCCCAGAUUUCCCUCUCUCUCCUGGGUAAUUUUGGGAUCCCAAAUCAGGAUCCAGGGGCUCAGGAAUUUCUGGGAAUAUUUGGGCGGAAAGUGGCUUAAAACUCAUCCCAUUCCAUUCCUGAUGCUCUUCCACCAUCCUGGAUUUCUCCUGCAGGGAAUCCACCCCUUGGAUGCUCCCAGGGGUUGGAAUAUCCCGGAUUUCUCUCUUCCCUGGGUAAAUUUGGGAUCCCAAAUGGGGAUCCAGGGGCUCAGGAAUUUUUGGGAAUAUUUGGGUGGGAAGGGCCUUAAAGUUCAUCCCAUUCCCACUUCCCACCAUCCCAGAUUUCUCCCAUGGGGAAUCCACCCCUUGGAGUCUCCCAGGGGUUGGAAUAUCCCAGAUUUUUCUCUCUCCUGGGUAAUUUUGGGAUCCCAAAUCGGGAUCCAGAGGCUCAGGAAUUUUUGGGAAUAUUUGGGUGGGAAGGGCUUUAAAACUCAUCCCAUUCCCACCAUCCUGGAUUUCUCCCACGGGGAAUCCAACCCUUUGGAUGCUCCCAGGGGGUGGAAUAUCCUGGAUUUCCCAUUCCCCUGGGUGAUCUGGGAUGGG